AUGCAGUUAACCGUAUCAAAACAUGUGGCAUUCUUUCAGCGACAUUUGAUUCUGCUACCAAAUCCGUAUGAGGAACAUGAUUCUGAAAGAAUGGCUUUGGGAUUUUUCUGUCUACUUGGAUUGGAUUUACUUAAUGCAUUGGACAAGAUUUCCGAAGAAGACCGAGAAUCGUGGAUUGAAUGGAUUUAUAAUAAUUAUGUUUUACUAUAUUCUAAAGAAACUAAAAAAAGCUAUGCAGGAUUUCGGGGAUUCGCUACAGGAAGUACUCCAAUCCUAAAUGAACAGGAACCUCAAUUGGCAGCUACUAGCUUUGCUAUUAGUAAUCUCCUUCUACUGGGUGAUAAUCUUUCUCGAAUUGAUAAACAAGCUGUUGAACAAUUUCUUUCAUUAUGCCAAUUGCCGGGUGGUCACUUCAAAAGUACAGCUUCAACAAUGUGUUGCGACCAAGAUAUGCGGCAGUUAUACCUAGCUACUACAAUAGCCACUCUACUCAACAUUUCUUUUCCUCACACGAAAUUAUCCCUUCAGUACAUCCAAAAAUGUCAGAACUAUGAAGGAGGUUUUUCGUUGACUCCCUAUGCUGAGGCUCAUGCAGGCGCAACGUUUUGUGCGUUAGCAUCACUAAAAUUGCUUGUGAAUUCUAUACCUACUCAGAAACAGUUGGGCUUGGAUCAGACUUCGGUUACUAAACCGUAUGAAUUUCAAGAUUAUAUUCCCGACAAGAAAAGGCUUCUUUUAUGGUUAAUAAAUAGACAGCAGAGUUCUGGCGGAUUUAAUGGAAGAACAAACAAAGACCAUGAUACUUGCUAUUCUUACUGGGUUCAAGGUUCGCUGCAAUUGUUAGGGGCAUCCCAAUUUAUUUCUCAACAAGAUGUAAAGAGUUUUCUACUGUGUCAAACACAACACAAGUUUGGAGGGUUUUCAAAAAUUCCUGGGGAAUUUCCGGACGUAUUGCAUUCUUCUUUAGGCUUGUACGCUUUGGCAUUCAAUGACAAAGCAAAUUUCCCUGAAGUCGAGCAUGCCAUCUGUCUCCCGACAAGGCGUAUGCCAAUUAAAAAAUAG